AUGCUCACACUCUUCGCAGUGUCCACAUUUGAAGGUUGGCCCGGACUGUUGUACCGAUCGAUCGAUUCAUACGCUGAAGAUUACGGAAAAGUAUACAACAAUCGGCCGAUCGUGGCCAUUUUCUACGUGGCCUACAUAAUCGUGAUCGCGUUCUUUAUGAUCAACAUCUUCGUUGGUUUUGUCAUUGUCACGUUUCAGCAAGAGGGUGAACAGGAAUAUCGGAAUUGUGAACUGGAUAAGAACCAGCGCAAGUGUAUCGAGUUCUCGUUGAAAGCCAGACCCGUGAAGCGCUACAUUCCCAAACAGAACUUUCAGUAUCGCAUUUGGUGGUUCAUCACCUCCCAACCGUUCGAAUAUUGCAUCUUCAUAUUCAUCCUAAUCAACACAAUAUCGCUGGCGAUGAAAUUUGAAGGUCAGCCAAAUGCGUAUGCAGAUGCCCUGGACUAUUUGAACAUGAUCUUCACCGGUGUUUUCACAGUUGAAUUUGUUCUCAAAUUGACCGCUUUUGGAUUCAAGAACUACUUCAGUGACCCGUGGAACGUGUUUGACUUCAUCAUCGUCGUAGGCAGCUUUGUAGAUAUAAAUAUGUCCCACUUAGCGGCUCUUCCCUAUGUGGCACUUCUCAUCAUUAUGCUGUUUUUCAUUUACGCUGUGAUCGGCAUGCAAAUGUUUGGGAAAAUUGCAUUGACCAAUGUGGAAAGUUCCAUCAACCGAAACAAUCACUUCCAGACGUUUCCUCAAUCCCUCCUCGUUCUGUUUCGCUCAGCCACUGGCGAGGCUUGGCAAGAAAUUAUGCUCAGUUGUGUAAACGAACCCGUGGUAAAAUGCGACCGACACUCGGAUUCGGAAUUGAAAGCCAUUCGAGCGUUCCUAGAUGAAAUUGAAUAUCAAGAAUUGAUGGAGUUGGAGAGUCAAAACACGACAAAACGCAUCAGCAAUUUGACGGUGAUCUACAAUGCAAGCGAAACUGAUGGACAACUGGCAAACCUGAUUGGGAAUCAGUUACAUUUUUUGGGUUAUCCGGAUGUGGCCAAUUUGACCGAGACCGUUCCCCCGGCAUACUAUCCACCGCAUCCGAGUCCGGACAUUCCUCCAUAUAUUGACGACUGGUCUCAUCGUCUGCCACAAAUCGAUCCGUUGGUAUCAUCAAUCCAGAACGACUACGAACCAAUCAUUCCACCGUAUAAANGAACCGGGAGAAAUGGGCGACGGUGA